AUGCGAAGCCCACUGGUGGCCACCUCAGUAUCUGUGUUGCUGCUGCUGGUGGCCGUGCAGGCAGCCCCAAAGGUGACCCCGGUGGUGAUGCUCACCAAGCCGAAGCCACUCCAGCUGCCAGAUGCCGCCAUGCCCUCCUUCACCCCAGAGGCGGUGAAAAGCCCUGGCCCUGCAGCCCCAGGCAGGGCCCAGCUGCCUUCCUCCAGCCCUGCCUUCCAAGCGGCCUCCACACUCUUCCCAUUUGAGAACGACACGCUGGAUGCUGCUGACUUCUUCUUCAACUGCUGUGACUGCUGUCCUCCUGCUGCUGCACCCCAGGGGCUGCCGGGGGAGCCGGGCCCUCCAGGUCCUAAGGGGGAGAAGGGAGAUGCUGGUCUGCAAGGUCUGCCGGGAGCUCCGGGACCUCAGGGUCCAAAAGGCUUUAAAGGAGAAAGAGGAGGCAAAGGGGAACAAGGCGAGCGAGGAGCAAGUGGAAGCCCUGGUUAUCCAGGCAAGCCUGGGCUGCCAGGUGAAGCUGGAGUAAAAGGCAAUAAGGGCAACUACGGCUUCCCUGGGCUGAAGGGACAAAAGGGGUCCAAAGGGGACACUUGUGAGAAUGGCACCAAAGGGGACAAGGGAGACAGGGGGGAUGUUGGAGACCCAGGUGUGGAUGGCGAACAGGGUGACAAAGGGGAGAAGGGGGACACUGGGGACAAAGGGUAUUGUGGGGAGCCGGGGGGGAGAGGUCCGAAGGGGGAAAAAGGGGAAGGUGGGACAAAGGGAGAAAAAGGCAGCAAAGGAGAAAUGGGGGAUGAGGGCAUUCAGGGGGCUGAGGGAAAGCAGGGAGAAAAGGGUGAGCAAGGAAGUAAGGGUGACAAAGGGGACCUGGGCCCAGCCGGUGUGACGGGACCGUCUGGGCCCAAAGGGGUGGCGGGCAGCAAGGGGGGCCGAGGGGCUCCGGGGAGGAAAGGUGCCCGUGGGGCCAAGGGUGCCCGUGGGGAUGCUGCGAAGCUCCUGAGAUCGGCCUUCAGCGCGGGGCUGUCCAAGCCCUUCCCUCCACCCAACGUCCCCAUCCGAUUCGACAAGAUUUUGUACAACGACCAAGACGAUUACAACCCUGCCACUGGGAAAUUCAACUGCAGCGUGCCCGGGGCGUACGUCUUCGCCUACCAGCUGACAGUGAGAGGGCGUCCAGCCCGUGUCAGCCUGGUGGCCCGCAGCAGGAAGGUGGCCAAAAUCCGCGAGACGCUUUACGGGCAGGAGAUCGACCAAGCCUCCUUUCUGACCAUCCUCAAGCUGAAUGCGGGCGACCAGGUGUGGCUGGAGGUGGCAAAGGACUGGAAUGGGGUCUAUGUCAGCGCUGAGGAUGACAGCAUCUUCACAGGGUUUCUUCUGUACCCAGAUGUUUUUGAGGUCCUGCUAUAA